AUGGACAAUUGUGAGCCUGAAAAGGUUUUCGUCGCGCCUGGAUUCAGGGAGGACUGUGUCAGGCUGUUGACAGAGUUCGAGAGGAAAGAGGAUCUGAGCUUCCAAAGCUUCUGCCACAUAUGGAGAAGGUUGAAGUUCACCAAUGUCUAUUGGAACCGGUCGAGUGAAGCAGAGAUGAUGGAAUUCUGUGAGGAAGCUCUGAUUAUCGGAAAAGAAUUCAUCUCUUCCGCGUACAACGACACGCAGAGGUUAGGAGGUGUCUUCCUCCUGUAUGGACUCUUCUUCAAAUGUCUGGUGAAGGGAUGCAAGAUCAGACUAACGAGGGCAGAGUGGGAGAAUGUCAUCAAGCUUAGGGAUGAGCUGUUCAAGGGCGAAAGGUUCGAGGCUGUCUACGUCUUGAAUAAGCUCGUCGAAGCCCAUGCAUUUGCUUUCUGUUUCAAUGAACGAGAGAAGGGUCUGGAGAACUACUACGUCGUUAGGGAAGCAAUGGCGACGCAGACGCGGGAAUCGUCUCGCAGCAAAUCCAGCGAAAUCGUCUCAACUUUGACCGAAAUUUUGAGUAUCAGUGACUCUUAUGCCCAGACUAAAUCGAAAUUAAUCGGUACAACCACUGGAACUGUUCCCAAAUUAUACAAUGGCUUCGUAAUGAAGAGACUACUGGCAAACAUUGAGACAGUUCGAGACUCAAAGGGUAAAAAGAGGAAGCAAGGAAGGGUAAUUAACGAUGAAAAUUUGGAUAUGGGUUCUUCAUCACUUGAAUCGGAUGGCGAUGACGAGGAUUUCGACCCUGACUUGUAAUCAUUCACCUGAAUCGUGUCUCUUACCUCUCAAAGUGUAUUUAAUUUCCUCGUGGAUAUUUAUAUAUUUUUGCAAAUAAAAAGAACGAAAAAUCGGGAAGAAAAAAA